AUGGCAUUUACCAACCUCACACUCCUCCUAGAGGCCGUCGCUGAUCAAGAGGGUAGCGGGAAUAUUAUCUGCUAUCCUCCCCAAAACACGACCAAGCCCAAGUCAUAUUCUUACCACCAGCUGCUGCAGGCCGCCCAGAAGGCCUCAUGGGCACUGCGAUGCAAACAAGAGGUGUUCCCUCGAGGCCGGGUGAUUCUCAUCCACUUAGACACUCACUGGGAAAGCAUAGUCUGGUUCUGGGCCGUCACACUGGCCGGCUGUAUUCCAGCUAUGUCAACAUCGCUGUCCAACAACCCGACAGCGCGCAUAUCACAUUUGGAGCAUUUAACUACCACCCUAAAGCAUCCCGGCUGUCUGACUACAGCUGCUAAGCUGUCUGAAUUUGGAGGACAAGAUGAUAUCACGCCCAUUGCUGUGGAGUCGCUAGACAUGGACAACGCCCCGAUCGCAGAGCUGCUCGAUGUGUAUCGCGACGCCAAACCCGCUGACAUCGCCAUCCUGAUGCUCACAUCUGGUAGCACCAGCCACGCCAAGGCGGUCAUUCUCACCCAUAAACAGAUAUUCACAGCACUGGCUAGCAAAUAUAAGGUCGUGCCACUGCCCGAUGAGACCUCGUUCUUGAAUUGGGUCCGCUGCGACCACGUUGCGGCUAUUUUAGAAAUCCACCUGCAAGCUCUGUUCGCACGUCAAGACCAGGUACAUGUGCAAGCGGCGGAUAUCUUAUCGCACCCACUCGCAUUCUUGGAUAUUGUCAAUCGUCAUCGCGUUUCCCGUACCUUUGCGCCCAACUUCUUCCUCGCUCGCAUCCGGGCCGCACUCGAAGGCCAUGGCGACCGCUGCAUCGCAUACAACUGGGAUCUUACCUGUCUGCGGUAUAUUGCCUCAGGUGGCGAGGCGAACGUCACCAAGACUGGUGCUGCAGUGGCAAAGUUGCUCGCUCGGUAUGGUGCCCCUGAGACCGUCAUUGCUACGGGCUUUGGUAUGACAGAAACAUGCGGUGGCGCCAUCUACAACCUAGACUUCCCUAGAUACGAUCUCGACCGAGGUCUUGAGUUUGCAUCUACAGGAAAGUGUAUGCCGGGUCUGAUUAUGAGGGUCACCACUGUCGCGGACCAUACCAUCGCACCGACUGGGGUUGUGGGCAACCUCGAAUUGACAGGGCCGAUCCUUUUCGAGGGGUACUUCAACAACUCAGCCGCAAACGAGCAGUCAUUCACCAGCGAUGGAUGGUUCCGGACGGGCGAUCUGGCUUCUAUGGAUGACCAAGGCAAUCUCCACAUGAUGGGCAGGGCUAAAGAAGCUAUGAUCGUCAACGGCGUCAAGUACAGCCCGCAGGAGAUUGAGACUGCGCUAGAUGAGCCAGGCAAAAUUCCUGGCCUGGUUCCGAGCUUCACAUGUUGUUUUUCCUCAUUUCCUGCAGGUGGUGACACAGAAGUAAUCUGCGUGGUGUACUUACCAAGCUAUGCCCCAGACGAUAGCACCGCGCGAGCCACAACAGCCGAUGCCAUCGCGAAGAUUGCGAUGAUGUCUACAGGCUCCAGACCACAGGUUUUGCCUCUUGAAAGGUCGCAACUGCAGAAAUCCGCUCUGGGCAAACUAUCACGAACCAAAAUCAAGAUGGCGUUUGAGAGAGGCGAGUACGGCACAAAUCAAGAGAUUAAUUCGCAAGCAAUCAAACUGCACCGGGCGACCUCCCAUGUCCAUCCUGCAAACGAGCUGGAAAAGCACUUGCUCACUCUUUUCAUCGAGUCCCUCGACCUUCCCGAGGAUGAGUUUGACGUGCGGUCCUCUCUCUUCGACAUGGGCGUCACAUCGGUGGAGCUCAUCAAGCUCAAGAAGUCCAUUGAAGAGAAACUGGGUCUCUCGUAUGAAAUCCCCAUAAUCACCUUGAUGGUGAACCCCACUGUCCGCGACCUUGCCAGCGCGCUGGAGGACCAGCAUGGUCAUCAUAAACGAGACGAGUAUAAUCCUGUGGUGACUCUGCAGGCUCAUGGAGACAGGGCACCACUGUGGCUUGUGCACCCAGGAGUAGGCGAAGUUCUUGUCUUUCUUAAUUUGGCAAAAUUCCUGGUUGAUCGAAAGGUCUACGCUUUACGUGCGCGGGGGUUUAACGAAGGCGAACAGCCUUUCGAGACGAUUACGGAAGUUGUCAGCACAUACCAUGCCGCCAUCAAACGAAAUCAGCCGCGUGGGCCGUAUGCACUGGCUGGGUAUUCAUAUGGCACAAUGCUGGCCUUCGAGGUGGGCAAAGUGUUGGAGAGCCAUGGGGAUGAGGUGCGUUUCCUGGGCUCCUUCAACCUACCGCCUCAUAUAAAGUCCCGCAUGCGACAGCUGGACUAUAAAGAAUGCCUGCUGCAUCUCUCGUACUUUUUGGAUUUAAUGACCGAAGAUCGAGCGCGGGAACUGGCAGCAGAAUUGCAAGGUGCAACUCGGGAAGCAGCUCUUGCGAAGGUGAUGGCGGAAGCCAAUCAGGAUCGGCUCAUCGAACUGGCCUUGACACCUGAUGCUCUGACAAAGUGGGCAACCCUAGCCUUCGCCUUACAGAGGAUGGCUGUUGACUAUGAUCCCACCAGCUCCAUUGCUAGCAUUGAUGUCUUCUACUGCAAUCCUCUGGCCGUGGCGGCCUCGUCUAAGGCUCAGUGGCUCAGUGAAUAUUUGAGUCAGUGGAAACAUUUCUCGCGCGCCCCGCCGUGCUUCCACGAUGUUGGAGGUGCCCAUUACACUAUGUUAGGGCCAGAACAUGUCUUUGGUUUCCAAAAGACAUUACGAAGUGCGCUUGAUGCAAGGGGGAUUUAG